AUGCCAUUGCCAAUGGAUAACGCGUACGUCAACCCGAGGGCAGUGACAGCAGUAACCGGCCAGGGACAAGCAGAGGUUUCGGCUGCAGUGGAUAAGCCCACAACACAACGAGCCCCCGAGAGCCCUGACUGCCCUGGAGAGCCCGAGGAAGCAUCGUCCCCCCCAGCGAGUGGGCACAACGACCAGAGACCGGUUGUGGACCGCGAUUCUGUCCCAGAGGAUGCCAGAACCCAGGACGGGGGAGUCCAUGUAUCGGGUCUCGCAGGAUCUGCUGGUUCUGAUCCUCUCCGUCCAAUACCCUUGAACAAUCAUUCGUACCAACCUUACAUGUACUACCCCUACCCCUACAACCAUUUCUAUCCCUAUACUCAGCAAUAUUUGUCGGACGAACAACCGCAGCCACCAUUCGUCGGCCAGCCAAACAUACCCGGGGAAGUUCCGCCAACAGCACCAUAUCUCCCACACAUGACGAAUCUAGUGUCCGAAGCAGAACCUGUUUCGUAUCAGCUCGGGUUUUAUACCAACUCUAUGGUCGACUUGAUCGUCAUUCGUUGGGUAGGAAGAGAUAUAGAGGAACGCCUACAGUCUCCUACAUAUAGGGCAAUGAUCAGUGAAAUGUUCCUUAAUAGAUCACAACGCACUUACAACGGGGCUGGGGGCCCAUACUACGAUGUUGGCCUGGGGGGAUACACCUACUCUCAACACCAGUGA